UGCGAACUCAACAGCCUCCCGCCACGACUACUUAGCUUUCCCACUGGCUCACCUUACCCUUCGUCUUUCGAUUUAUCCCCUUCGAGUAUCUUGACAACUUAUCUUGUUACCUCAACAGGCUGGAGAUAUCUUCCUGGCUUCCUUGCCUCCGUGGUCUUGACAACACGACCACCCAAAGGUCCCCGUCGGCCGACAAUCUCCCUCACCACCCAAGGGAACUCAGGCUUGAUUGACGAUCUAUCGUGACCUCGAGUUGUGUUUCCAUCAUCGUCGCCACCAUCAAGGCAUGUACAUAACAGAGUCGAAAAUAAUUGCAGACGUCUAACAGAUCGACUCGACAGCUCCCCGGUAUUAUUCCGCUUUGCUCCAAGAAACCAAUACCGACGACUCUGCUACACGCAGAAAACGAGUUUGAUACAUUCGUUGUCUUUGUUCCAUCACUCUGAGGUGGGCAGCUCAUUCGCGUAACCGAGCUCCCGAGUGGCCGCCUCUAAGAAGCUUGCACUCCCCACUUUGCCUGCUUACCUCUCCACAACAUUCUCUCGUUCUUCGAUCUUUACCACUCUUCGCCAACCUCCUGCCUCUGUUCAACCCAAAGCGUCUAGUCAAACGAUCCGUCAGGAUCUUGUCAUAUCAAUUGCCUUUGUAACCAUCUUUCAGAUCGCUAUUAUCAAUCAGUUGUCGUGAGCAACGUCUUGUCCUACUUGACAGGGCACGGCCUUUCGAUUGGAUCGACUCCAUCACUCGUUACAGACCCGGUUUAGGUCACUCGUUUGCUCAAACAUCACAACUCCUUCAAGAAUCAUACGGGCAUCUAGUCAUCAUGUCGAUCGACAAAGAGAACAAGAAGACCUCAGAGGAGCUGGCGGAGGAGGCCGCUAUCCAGCAGGCCAUGAUGGCGGAUUUGGGAAUCGGCCGCCUGGACGAACUUCCCGUCGAUGACGGCGAGUUGGCAGCCAUGAAUAAAAAGAAGGGAGGCGGAAAGAAUGGCCGACAUGGUCGGGGUGACCGGGGCGACCGUGAGCCCAGACAAGAGUAUAUUCGUCGGCCCCAAAUCCAGAAUGAUGCGCUCGUAGCGAGGGGUGCGAAGAUGUCGAAUGUUUGGCAGGAUGCCAUUGCGUCCGGCGUCUUCGAGGAUGAUGACGCUGCCGCGGUCAAAGGGCUUGCUGAUCUUGGAGGUCCUCGCCUUCACGAGCUGAAGGCAGAGGCCAAGAGAAAGGCGACGGCUUUGCUGAAAUAUCAGGAGAGCCAGAGCCGCAAUAACCUUCAUCCCUAUGCGACCCGAAGUCAGAUGCCUCCGGCCCAGGAGCCACAUCACUCGUUUGCGCACGUUCAGCAAAUGGUCAAGAGCGGGUCCCCGUUCGUAAGCAACCGCAGCCGCAAGCAGAAGAUGUCCAGCUCCAGAAAUGCCGGUCCAUCCCGGCUCCCAUCAGCGCCUGUCCACCUCCGGCAGCCGUCAGAGUCUGCUCCCCUUCGCCAACCGGUUUCGAGCCCGCUCCCAGGCCCCUCCAGGAUUGUGCAGCAGGCUCCUAGAGACGUCCCAGUCCUGCCAUCCCAAUAUGGUGGGAACCAACAUGUCGCCAACCCUCUCCACAUGGUCGCUCGGGCAGAGGUUCUCCUCAACCCACCUGGAAGAAAUCAGCCGUUGCCUGCCAUUGUCUUCUUGACAGUGGCUCCAGCUCCCACACUGGGCUUCUGCAUGAUGUUUGCCGAAAACAAACUAUUCGUUCAGUUCACCAUUGCCGAAUAUCAGGACUUUGUCUCAAGCGACCUGACCCUCUCUCUUCAUUUUGGACAGAACGUUCUGUAUUUCGGCCUGACUUUCAGUACCGCUGGUGAGCUUGAGAGUUUCCUCAAAGUUUUGAGAGACCUCAAAGCUGGCAAAUAUGCCGUGGGGGCUUUUGAAACCUCUGGGCAGAAGCCUGCCCCAGAGCCAUCGGUUGCUCCCAAGCCAUCGAUUGCAACUCAGCCGCCGGUUACUCCAGCAAACGCUGCUCCCGCGAACGAAAACACUACUGUGAUUCGUUUACCACCGGUCAAGCCACAGGCUAGCGUGUCCAAUAACAGGGCGGUGCAGUACGCUUCUCGGUUCAUCACGGGCGAAGCCAGCGGCACGCGCCAACACGAUGACGAGUCGGAGCUCAAAGCGACACAAGGUGUCCUUAUCAAUGUCGAGGGGAAGGACACCAGUCCGGUCCAAAAGCGUGGAAGUUCGGAGGCAUCGGCACUGCUCUCGACCUUGGAGCCAUACGGCAACGAAGAUGCCUUGGAGGUGGCGCCUGCUGUGACUUCGCUCGGCCACGACAUCAGCAGAACCAGCACGCCAGUAGAGAAUGAUGCUUUGACACACGAACCAGUCAGGCUAUCAGUGCCUGAUGCAGUUGCCAUGCUCCGAAACAUGCUCACGGCUUUUCUCAGGAAGAAGGCUGGCGGGAAGACCAAGCGGGAGAUUACCGCAACUGUUGAAGGUAUCCGCGAAGCAUUCAUCGAUGUGGUCUGCCAGGACCACACCAAGUCCGAGCGACAAGAGGUAGUCGCACAGAUAGAGGACUAUCUCAACUCCUCUGCAGUGGCGUUUGUCAAGCCCCGUCGUUUUCAGUAUACGAAUGAAGAGAUGAUGGCCAUGAAGGACUCCCAGGUCCAACCCCCGGCCUGGUUGGCAGAUGUCCCGUAUCCACACGGUAAAGAUGGGGCCCCCACUCCUCCUGAUGACGGUGUUGACACGAAGGAGUACAUCCGGAAGUCCACCAUUGGUAUGGACUGGGUGUUGGGGAAAGCAGAGUCAUCCGCUGCCACAACUCAAAAGCAGCCUAUGACUAUCGUCAAAACGGAGUCGUCCGUGGCCGUGGAGAACAUUUCACCGCAGGCAUCAGCUGCCGCCUUGAAGCCAGUCCAGGCCCCUGUGAAGCCCAUGGCUGAAUAUCGAAAACUCGAUGCUGGACUUGGUGCCUCACGGUGGUCCUCGACCAUGGAUGCCCCCCUUCAAAACAGUAAUGCUUUCACGGGACUCCCGUACGAAAAGCGCUGGAAGGAGGAUAGCUAUUUCCACGACCUCGCUCAGCUUGACCCUGAGACCAGGAUUGACGAGGCUGAGAACCUGGAGGACUUUUUCUUUCCGGGUUCGCGUGCUGUCGGGGACCGUCCCGGAGCGCUUGCGACUUUGCAGCCGUCUGCCCGCGAUUUGGGCAGUGACACCCAGGUGGGCGAUCUUGACCGCCGAAUGUCACGGCUCACUCUUGAGUCACCGGCAGGGCCACGAGCGACCUCGUGCUCUACCGUGCGUAUAGACGCGUUCGAGCAGGGAUCACAACUGAUCCCCAUCGAAGAGCCAACUCCGCCGUUGAACACGGCCGCGCGGACGUUCACACCGACUGCUCGCGCAUUCGCGCCUGCAGUGGCCACACCACCGCCCGCAAACACGCGCAGAUCAUCCAGUGCGUCGACUUUGCGCGGCCUUGGAGCGUCCCGUCAUGCCAGCAGAGCCGCGCUGCCGACCGCAGGCCGCUUUAAUUUUCACCUUCCCAAGUGAAUUGGCAUGGUUCCCACAUUGGGAUAGAGGAGAUGGAGCUGACAUAUGAUUAAUAUCGGUGCUAUUUGGAGUAGCACAGAAGAUUUUCAUGGGAGCAUAUUCGUAAGACUAAGAGCGCGGCGGAAAGCGUUGUGAAGGGAUUUGCUAGUUGUUUCGAGAAGGCGUCUGGAGUGGGGAGGAGUUUGCUUAUCCGCGAUGGGAUCUUGGGUUCGGAUAUCAACCACUACUUGGCAGCAUGGGCUGCGUGAGUGUUCUUGCUUUUGGAUCUGCAGAGGCACUCGAUUGAGACAGAUGAAGAAGAUUCUUCGUUCUGAAUUAAUAGCGAUGCCAAUUCUGACUC